CUCGUUGCUGAUUUUCUGCGCAAGAUGUUAUCCACGAUUUGCUUAUAUUCAACGCAGUGAUGCAAACAAGCCCGCAUGAAAAUGAUGGACUUCUUGUGUCUGUCUUAUGGAUAAAAUAGAGCCCUGUCUCUCUUCGCCUGCGAUGCGGAGACCUGACCACACUGACGACGUCCCCAUAGGUCGCGCGUAGCGGAUAUUUUAUGGACGGUGGGACGAGGGAGAGGUUGUGAGGCUGGGGAGUCGGGACAUCGGCUGGGCUGCAGAGAGGAGCGUUAGCAGGCUAGCUGUGAGACUGUAGUAUAUCCUCUAAACAGAACAGGGACUUCUAACAGCAGCUCGGUCAUCAUUAUGGCUACAAAUGGUAACAACCCGCCGCUUGGGAUGGGAGACAUCAUCCAGCUGAACGUCGGUGGUACAAGGUUCUGCACCUCCAGACAGACUCUGAUGUGGAUCCCAGACUCUUUCUUCUCAAGUUUGCUGAGUGGAAGGAUAUCAACUCUUCGGGAUGAAACUGGAGCUAUAUUUAUUGACAGGGAUCCUACAGCUUUUGCACCAAUUUUGAAUUUUCUAAGAACCAAAGAAUUAGACCUACGAGGUGUCAACAUCAGUGUCCUGCGACAUGAAGCAGAGUUUUACGGAAUAACACCUUUAGUGCGGCGUCUGCUGCUGUGUGAGGAGCUGGACCGCUCAUCAUGUGGCAGUGUUCUCUUCCAUGGUUACCUGCCGCCUCCAGCGAUCCCCGCGCGUAAGCCAAGCCCUGCUCCAGCGGCCUCGUCUGAUGAGCAUCCGGGUCCGGGUGGAGCUGAGGGCUUCACCCGUGUUGGUCCUCCUCCCCACCCUUCCCUCUCACCUGGAACAGAUGGCAACCACAAACUGGGUCCAGUUGUCGACCCCAGGAAAGUGCUGAUCGUAGCGGGACACCACAACUGGAUUGUAGCAGCUUAUGCUCACUUUGUAAUCUGCUACAGGAUAAAGGAAUCUUCUGGAUGGCAGCAGGUGUUUUCCUCCCCUUACCUUGACCGGACCAUUGAGCGCAUUGCACUUAAUGCCAAGGUGGUGGGCGGCCCACACGGAGACAAGGACAAGAUGGUGGCGGCUGCGUCUGAAAGCAGCAUCAUCCUCUGGAGCAUCCAAGACGGAGGCAGCGGCAAUGAGAUAGGUGUGUUCAGUCUGGGCGUACCUGUGGAUGAUCUCUUCUUCAUCGGGAACCAGCUGGUGGCUACGAGCCACACAGGGAAAGUUGGGGUGUGGAAUGCUGUCACACAGCACUGGCAGGUUCAAGACGUGGUUCCUAUCACCAGUUGUGACACAGCAGGAUCCUUCCUUCUUCUGGGCUGUAACAAUGGCUCUAUCUACUACAUAGACAUGCAAAAGUUUCCUCUAAGGAUGAAGGAUAACGAUCUAUUAGUGACAGAGCUUUAUCAUGACCCUUCAAACGAUGCCAUCACCGCCCUGUCUGUCUACCUCACACCUAAAACCAGUGUGAGUGGGAACUGGAUAGAGAUAGCCUAUGGGACGAGCAGCGGUGCAGUGAGAGUCAUCGUUCAGCACCCAGAGACAGUAGGAUCAGGGCCUCAGCUCUUUCAGACAUUCACUGUGCACAGGAGCCCCGUGACCAAGAUCAUGCUGUCUGAGAAACAUCUGGUAUCAGUGUGUGCAGACAACAACCAUGUUAGGACAUGGACUGUGACCCGGUUCAGAGGGAUGAUCUCGACCCAACCGGGCUCCACCCCUCUGGCUUCCUUCAAAAUACUAUCCCUGGAAGAGACGGAGAGCCACGGGAGCUACUGCUCUGGGAACGAUAUCGGUCCGUUUGGAGAGAGAGACGAUCAGCAGGUUUUCAUACAGAAGGUCAUACCCAUCACAAACAAACUGUUUGUGAGGCUGUCAUCUACUGGAAAGAGGAUCUGUGAGGUGCAGUCUGUAGAUGGCACCACCAUAUCUUGCUUCAUGGUACGAGAGUGUGAGGGCUCCAGCCGGAUGGGAUCCCGUCCUCGACGCUAUCUUUUCACCGGUCACGGCAACGGAAGCAUCCAAAUGUGGGACCUGACAACGGCGAUGGACACGGCCAACAAAGGAGAGGAGAGGAAGAGAGAGGAUGCAGGCGGGCCAACAGAAGAAGAGCUGCUGCAGCUGUUGGACCAAUGUGACCUGAGCACCUCUCGCUGUGCUACACCAAAUAUAAGCCCCGCCCCCUCUGUCCUGCACCACACACGCCUCCGGGAGUCCUGCUCAAGUCUGCAGCUACAGGCCCAGGAGCCAAUCCCUGAGAGUCAGGCUACUUAUGGAGCAGUGAGACCCUACAGAGAGAGCCCCCUGCUGGCCCGCGCACGGAGAACUGAGUCCUUCCACAGCUACCGAGACUUCCAAAACUUCAGCCUGAGUCGAGGCAUCCUGGACUCCCAGGGCCCCAGCCAGCCCCCCGACACCCGGCGCUCACUCUGUGACUUUGGGUCUGAGGACAGCGAGAGGAGAGCGUCAGCUAUGGAACUCUGGGCCUGUCGAACAGCUAGCUCCAACUCUCAUACAUCCAUUGCAGGUUUGAUGACUGCUGGUGUUUGCGGGUUGAAAGCAGAAGGUGCUCAAGAAUCUCCACGGCAACCACCUGACAGCCCUAUUCCUGGAGGUGACGUUAGGCGAAAGGUACUCCCUCAGCCAGAGGAGGGAGAUGGUUCAGGAUCAGGUGGAGAGGGUGUAAAGGCAGAGGGCGGUGUGAGGAAGAGAGGAGUACUAGAAGGAGGCUUUCUUGGUAGGAAGAGGGCUCCCCCAGUACCCCACCUCUCCUCCCUCCCCUCUGGAUCUGAUGGAGGAGGCAGCGACUCAUCAUCAAAUGCCUCCCCUUCCCCAACCAAACUUUCCUCCUCCUCCUCCACCUCACCUCGACAUAGGAAGCUGGCCCCUGAGCUUUCCAAUCAGGACAGCUGUUUGUGACGGCGCACUGUGGCCACCCCUACCCUCUUCAUACUCAGAUUUUAGAGGAAUCAUCUUGUAGGAGGUGUUCUGUAGGGGCAUGUUGAAACUGAGACCUGGUAAUCACAGCGGAGGAGGAAUAUGGCAUCAAUUACAGGACUUCUCCAUCCACUCUAUUGAAGGUUUUUUAAUGGGUCAUGAUGUAACUGGAGAGUGGACCUUCCUCUUAUGGACGCCACACUGAUGAGUUGUAUCUGAGGUCAGGUCAUUUUUACUCAGUUUGCUUCGAACACUGAAAAGUCAGUGGAACUUUAGCAUGGCGUCUUACUUUUGACUUUAAAUUCUGUCGUGCAGCAUGAGCUAAGAGCAUGCUAUCUCAGCCGGGAGAGGAGUGCAUUUUGUUUUUGAUCAUUUAAAAGAUUUCAUGUUCUGACACACACAAAUCUGCUGGUUACAACUGGAGAUCCAACUUUUGGAGUUUGCUUUUGGAGUUGGUUUGAAGCCUUCACAGAUGGCUGAUGUCUGAAGGCAGCACAUUUAGAAUCUGCAGCCUCUUUUCUCAGUUAGUCCAGCAGAACUGCUGAAGUCGAUUUCUCUCCCUGUUUUAAGGUUGUUUAUAUCUUAUCAACAGUUAUUGGAAACAAAAAUGAAUCAACAAAGUCCAGCCUACACAUGAACGUGUUUGUUUGGACCUUAACUCUGGUAGAGAUUCAUACACAACUCAUUUAAAAUGAAAUGAAAUCAAAAACUGCACAUGAAUAACAUUUCAUUUGAUUUACAUUAAUUUCAUGGCUGGACUGAAACAAACAUCACUAAAAUAUUCUUUAUACAACAAUUACAAUUUUAGAAAGCAGCUAAUCUUCUCAUUUAAGAUGCUGAAACCAGCAGAUCUUUUCAAUGGUUUAAAUAUUUACUAACAGUUUAAUUUCCUUUUGGAUUUUUCAAAAGGUUCAGGCCCCUUUAAAUGACAAAAGUCUUGACCAUGUGAGUGUCUGACACUGUGUGUCAAAUUUCUGCUUUAACUGACCGUGAACGUGUUUCAAACCCAGACUUUGGCAGCUACUUGAAUCUAAAUGCUGCAGCCAGAGACACAAUGGUAAAAGCUAAAGCACUGACACCAGGUCAGAUUCCUCUUCCAGUGUGCAGUGAAUGUGGCUGCUUGACAGGAUAGUGACAUCUUGGUUACAACAAAGAUUAAGACACAAAACACCAAAACUAACAAGUUCUGACAUGGAAGCAUCAGGAACAGCAAAUGUUGAUGUCUGUUCUGAAUAGUAUCUGGUCAUCUGCAUUAUUACCUGCGAGAAGUCAAAUCUUCUUUUAACAAAGGCAAAGACCUGAAAACUCUGACCCCCUCCAUAGUAGACAUUACACCUCAUCAUCACAGGAAAAGCUCAGGUGUGACAAAUGUUUUCAGCUAUGAUACAGGUCAUUCAAAUAUCAGAACGAGGUACAUUAGUCAGCAGUUUUCAACGAUAAAAACACUUUAAACUAGCUCACCUUAUUAGAUCACAGUUAUGUAAUAAAUGUCACUUUAACCUUUCUUUUGGCAAAUGUCUGCCAUGAAAAAUGUCAAGUCCAGUGCAGAAGUACGAGGCAAUAUCAUUUAACAUAUUCUAUGGAAGUGAACCUGGAGCCUACAGUUUGAGCUAGGUAGGUGGAGUAAGAUUUUAAGUAGAGAUCGAGUGGAGAGAAAUCAUUUAUUCAAAUCAGCGGUGGUGCCUCUGCAAGGUGACAUACCUUAUUAUUUACAGUGCAAUUUAUUUUUUUUACAGUUUACAAGGACCUACACUACAUCACUUUACUCUGAAAAAUAUUUAAAUGUGUCUUGUUUUAGUUUUGGAUGACUGUUGCAGUGCCUUAUUUAACUUGUGUGACCGUUAUCAGCCUGUGUGAUUCUGACCAAAGGCGUGUGAAGGCUGGAACAUUGUGGAGCCACAUUAUGGACCUGUCUGCUCUGACUCCUCAUAUAAUUGUCUCAUGAUGGACUGACACCAGGCCAAAUUUAAUUCUACCAGUGGUUGCUUUUAUUGAAAUGACUUGCAUAUAAAAUCAUUACCCCCUGUUUUAAAUAAAUGUAAAUGAUAUUGACCCAGGUUUAAAGUGAAACAUCCAAACUUCAAUGAAAAACUUAGAGGAUCUUAGACAUGCUUUGUAACGUUCGAGUCUACAGGGGUAAAUGUGAAAGUAUGUUAGGUAGGGAAAGGAAAACAACACACCUUUGUCAUGAAGUUAUAAAGAGAGCUGAAAGUAAGAUGACAGAAAGCUUGAUGAGGUAACAUCUGCUUUACUGGUUCAUCCCUCUGUGAGAUCUGUGCAAGCUGUUUGUCAGGGAACAGUGAAAGAAGCCACACCAGCUCUGUGUAUCUACGGUACUUUAUAAUAUCACUUUGGAGAACCCUGAAAAAAAAGGUGAUGUAAAAAAAAAAAAAAAAGAUUUGCCAAAUCAGGCAGCUGUAUAACCUUUAUUUUAUUAUCUAUUUUGACUACAUGCUUUUUAAUUCAGCGUUGCAAGACGAACUGAUCACGUGGUCUCUGCUUGCCUGUACAAAGAUUUACCUUUAGUCCCACAUAUUACCUGUGUGUAACGUAAACAUACAUAAUCAAAACAAAGUCCUAAUGAGGACGCAUUGAUGUGUGUGCUGAUGUUGAAUCUUACACUGUUAUCCAUUACAUAUUGUUGAUAAUCAUAUAUUGUUACAUUUACAUGCUAUUGGACCUAACAGCAUUUGCACUUGCACUAUUCAGACUAAUAUGAAAGCAACUUGCUAGUGUUUAUUUUAUAUAAAAAAAAAUAUGAAGUUUGAAGUAUAUUCUGCACAUAACUGUUUUAACUGUCCUUAUCUGUUGUCCCUCACUUUCUCUCUGGCUAUGUUUACAAUAUAUUACAGCCACAUGUUAGUGAGCUGAAACAAAUACGAUCUGUUUGUUUCAACAGCCCCGUACUUCAGUGUCUUACAUCAUGUAUGUGAGCUGCUUUAUGCUGUAAUAUUAUUUACAAAUGCCUAUAUCGAUCAAAUAGUUUUGACAUUUAACUUUGAGUCUCAAUGUUGUUUACAUUAAAACUGUGUUCACUGAAAACUCUAAGCAGCUGACAAGAACUCUCUGAAGAGUUGCAUUGACCAUUGUGAAAUAAAUGUGUUGUCGUUUA